GGUUUGUGGGAUUUCCAGCAUCGAAGCUUAUGGAAAGACCGGGAAUGCUUCAGUUGCAUUAAAUAUCCCAAUUCUCAACCUCAUGAGAGCUUGAACUGCCCAACUUGGCUGUAAUACUCGGACUUACCUGCAGCUAGGACGUUGUUCCUGAUUCUCCAUACCAUGGAAACUCUGUCAGACACGACUUGGGAUGUGAUCAUUAAUGGGACUGGGGUUUCCCAGUCCCUUCUGGCACUGGCCCUCUCACGAUCUGGAAAGAAGGUUCUUCACAUGGACUCCAACCAGUACUAUGGUGGUUCAGAUGCAGCCUUCAGUCUUGAUGAGGCCCAGGAGUGGGCAGAGAAAGUCAAUGAAGAUGCACAUAUAUCACCGUUCAAAGAUGCCUCAAUCUUUAAACAUGAUGCAUCUCCUUCGUCCGAGGACAUAAGCAUUUCUCCCAAACUUGCGUCCAGUCGUGCUUACACUUUGUCCCUCUCCCCGUAUUUCUUAUAUGCCCGUUCUCAACUAAUGUCAGCGCUUGUAUCCUCGAAGGUCUUUCGCCAGCUGGAGUUUAUGGCCGUUGGCAGCUGGUGGAUUUACGCACCUGAACAACCGGAUUCUAAAAAUGGCGAGGUCGGCGCGGAAAGGGUUCUCUACCGCGUACCUGGCAACCGGGAGGAUGUGUUUGCUGCAACUCAUAUCAGCAUGAAGUCCAAGAGAACCCUCAUGCGGUUAUUACGUCAUAUCACCAAACCAAAUGAGGAUGACGCUUCAAAUGAAGAUGAGGAUAUGUCAAUGCCCUUGAACGAUUAUCUGGCUUCCAAGUUCAGCGUUCCGGAGGAACUUCACAAUCCUCUGCUGUCCCUGUCUCUGUCCCAGCUUUCUCAGAAAGAUACUUCCGCCAGCUAUGCUUUGCCCAGGAUCCAAAGGCAUCUGUCAUCCAUUGGCCAUCUUGGCCCUGGGUUUGGAGCUGUGAUUGCUAAGUAUGGCGGUGGAGCUGAAAUACUGCAAGCUGCCUGUCGUGCAUCCGCUGUGGGAGGGGGUGUAUAUGCCCUGGACACGCAGAUUAAUGAUUGCUUAUGGCGCACAGGCUCUGAACAUUCAGAACAUCCUUUUCUGUUGAAUCUGGGCAAUGAAGGGUCUGUCCAAGCGAAAUACCUUUUUAGCUCGAUGUCGCAUACAUUUUCUAAGGACAGCUCGACACCCUUGGUCGAGGUUGCCCGCUCGAUUAGUGUUGUGUCGGCUACUUUUCCGUCUCUUUUCCCUGUUGCAGUUGAAGGUGCUCCUGUGCCUGCAACUGCAGUUCUCAUGUUCCCAGGGGAUACGUUGGGCAGCCCCAAAUCCCCCCGGUCUAUGUCCAGGUUCAUUCAAGCGACACUGGCGAGUGUCCACACCAGCAGAGUAAGUGUUAUUUAUUGCAGUGUGGCACUACCUGGGCCGGAAGGCCAAGCGCUUAUUGAGUCCGCCGUGGAUAGACUAAUUCGGGCAGAAGGUCCCCAGGCCAGCGUGCUGUGGUCCUUGCGAUACACCCAUAGCGGCCGUCUCAGCAAUGGUGAGCCCAGGCGUCUUACUGUCGAGGACGGAGUUCCUGACGGCUACCUUUUCCCUCCAUCGAGCCUCGACUUGGCAUUCGAAGAUGACACCCUCGACCUUGUAAAAGAGGCUUGGAAAAUAGUCGUAGGAGAUGAGGUUGAUGAUGCUGAUUUCAUGAUGUUUGACGAUCGCGAGGGCACUUCUGACCAAUGAUUCGUAGCAGAGCGUUCUUUUCGAUUACACUUUUACCCAUAUUUCCGCAGAGAAAUAGUAGACUAGAUGAUUCUAUCUUCGUCUUCAAAUAUGAUCGUUAUAUAAAGUA